AUGAAUAAAAAAAAAGAAAUGAAUAAAGAUAAUAAACUUGUGCUUUCAUUGUCUAUCUCUUUUCGUGAACUCGCCCCAGGUACAUUCGUUGUCGCUAUGGUAACGGGGGGAGAAAAACCCCACAAGUGUCAGGUAUGCGGGAAAGCAUUUUCUCAAAGCAGCAAUCUAAUAACUCACUCUAGGAAGCAUACAGGCUACAAACCAUUCGCUUGCGAGCUCUGCAAUCGCGCGUUUCAGCGUAAAGUCGAUCUCAGAAGGCACCGGGAAACGCAGCACGCCGAAUUAGGGACCGCAAAUUUACCAACGUUAAUAUUAAUUAAGUAUUGCGAGAUGAAUAGAAAAAUUCCUUCCAGCUUUAAAUUUAUCUUCCGGCAUUUAAUAAAUGUCUCGCCUAUUUAA